CACCACCCCGGCCCCCCCUCCCCCCACCACCAACACCAUUAUCAGCAGUCGGGGUUUCUCAAAAACCCUAAUCAAAGGGUUUUUUCUUUCUUUCUUUCUUUUUGUUUUGAGUUUACACAAACAAAAUAGAAAUCGUCAUGUCUUUGUUGUCAAUGCCAUUUUCGGGAAGAACCUCAGGCUCCUCAACUGGAGGAUUCAGCUGGAACUGGACUGGUCCUCCGAAUGCUUCAACACUCUCUCGCGCUGCUGCCUCUGCUCCUAGUUUUCCGAUAGCAGCAAACAGUUUUCGUUUGACAAUAGAUGAUUGUCAUAUGUCCUAUGGUGGUGGCUGCUCCAAGUUCUCUCGUAGGCUAAAGUUUUGGAUGAUUCAAAAUCUAUACCUUCGGAAACCCAAUAGAAAACAUGAACCACAAAAAGAGUUUAAGAGUUUACAAAUACAAGAUGAGGGUCACUCAAAGAAACACCUGGAGGCAACUGUGUCACACGAAGAAUGUGUUCCUCCUACAGGAGCACUGGGAAUCGGCUUGCCAAGUGGAGAGGUACAGACAACUUCACAUCAGGGAGAAAGUUCUCUUCCAGAUAUGCAACCAACCGUUUCUAUUGAAAUGACCACUUCCAUUGAAUCUCCUUCAAGUUUUCCUAUCAAAGGGGCCCCAGAAGAAACAUCUUUUCCUGGAAUAAGUUCUGACGUGAAUUCUCAAGUUGAUGUUUCGAUGAGAUUUUCUGCUUCUGCGGGAUCUCCUUCAGCUUCGCUGCAAACUUAUUCCUCCAAUAUUUUUCCUUGGGAUAGUGGAGCACCCUCUCUGGGAAUUGCUGUCAUUGGUGCUACUGGUGAACUGGCAAGGAGAAAGAUUUUUCCAGCAUUGUUUGCACUGUACUACAGUGGCUUUUUUCCAGAGAAUGUCUUUAUCUUUGGUUAUUCAAGGAAAACUUUGAGUGAUGAAGAUCUCAGAUCCAUGAUAGCAUCAACUCUUACUUGCCGAAUUGAUCAUCAGCAAAAUUGUGGUGAUAAAAUGAAUGAUUUUCUUAGAAGGACUUACUACCUUGAUGGAGGGUAUGACAACCAAGAAGGGAUGUCAAAGCUCCAUUCGCAAAUGGAACUGAUUGAGGGUGAGUCUGGAGCAAACAGAAUAUUUUACCUUUCUGUGCCACAAGAAGCGCUCCUAGAUGUUGCAAUCUCUCUUGCUGAAAAUGCCCAAUCCAAGAAGGGUUGGAAUCGUAUAAUAAUUGAGAAACCAUUUGGCUUUGAUCCACAGUCUUCUUAUCAGUUGACUCAAUCUCUUCUUUCCAAAUUCCAGGAGGAGCAAUUGUAUAGGAUAGAUCAUCUUCUAGGAAGGAACAUAAUUGAAAACCUUACUGUUCUGAGAUUCUCUAAUCUUGUUUUCCAGCCACUCUGGAACAGAACCUAUGUAAGCAAUAUACAGGUCACGAUAUCAGAAGACUUGGGUGUGCAGAUGCAAGGAAGAUAUUAUGAUGAAUAUGGAAUCAUCCGUGACAUCGUUCACAGUCACAUACUCCAGACAAUUGCAUUGCUAGCUAUGGAGCCACCAAUAAGUCUAGAUGGUGAAGACAUCCGGAAUGAAAAGGUCAAAGUUUUGAGAUCAAUCCGCAAAUUGGAACUUGGUGAUGUUGUCCUUGGUCAGUAUAAAGGUGGUGGCCCUGGGGGCAAGGUUGAUACUCAUUUUGGCAGCCUGACCCCCACGUACUUCGCUGCAGCUUUGUUCAUUGACAAUGCGCGGUGGGAUGGCGUGCCUUUUUUGAUCAAAGCUGGCAUGGGACUUAUCAAACAUAGGGUGGAGAUACGGAUACAGUUCCGCCAUGUUCCUGGCAAUCUUUAUCGUCACCACAUUGGGCAUAACAUUGAUCUUGCCACUAAUGAAUUGAUUCUGCGAGAUGCGCCAGAUGAAGCCAUCCUUGUUAGAGUUAAUAAUAAGGUUCCAGGACUGAGUUUGCACCUGGAUGCUUCAGAACUCAAUUUGCUCUACAAAGACAAGUAUAACAAUGAGGUACCUGAUUCUUACGAGCAUCUUCUUCUGGAUGUCAUUGAUGGAGACAGUCAUCUGUUCAUGAGAAGUGACGAGCUUGCAGCUGCCUGGAAUAUUUUAUCCCCAGUUUUGCGAGAGAUAGACAAAAAAAAUAUGGCACCAGAAUUGUAUGAGUUGGGAGGUAGGGGUCCUGUUGGAGCCUAUUAUCUUUGGGCAAAACAUGGGGUUCCAUGGAUUGAUGACUGACUGACUCAUCAUCAUAUUGCUAUCUUCCGAAUAUGUACUUGUAUUUAGAUGAAAAGUUUUGGUAACACAGCUGUUAACUCAACUGCA